AUGAUAACCUUAAUAAGUUAUAAUUUAUGUAAAUCUAGUAUAUUACUUGGACAAACAACAAAAGAAUAUAAUGAAUUAUAUCUACGUUUAAUUGAACGUAAUUAUAAAUUAAUAACUAAAACUCAUGCAUAUGCAUCAUGUUUAUUCAUGAAUUCAUCAAUAAUAUCAUCAUCAGAUAAUAUUCUUAUUGAACUUGUUGAAGAAUUAUAUGAACGUACUAAACAAUCAUCAACAUUACCAUAUGAAGCUUUACUUUUAUUACGUCCUUUAUCAUUAUUACUUGCACAUAUUAGUUUUUUUUUCGUGCUUUAA